UUUUGACUCUGAUCGCCGCUGCAGGCGUCAGCUAGGCGGUGGCCGCCGUCCGUCACUCGUGGCCUCGCACGGUGUCGGGGCGCUCUUGCUCCUCACCCGCCGCCUGCAUUCCUUUGCCUCCCGCGAUGCCCAUGUACCAGGUAAAGCCCUAUCACGGGGGCGGCGCUCCCCUCCGUGUGGAGCUUCCCACCUGCAUGUACCGGCUGCCCAACGUGCACGCCAAGACCGGCGGCCCCGCGCCCGACGUGGGCCACGUGCAGGAAGCAUCCGACCCUUCUCUGCACGCUCUGGAGUCCCGCCAGGACGACAUCCUGAAGCGUCUGUAUGAGCUGAAGGCCACAGUGGACGGCCUCUCCAAGAUGAUCCAGACCCCGGAUGCAGACAUGGAUGUCACCCACAUCAUCCAGGCCGACGAGCCUGCCGCCCUAACGGCCACCACGCUGGACCUCAGCUCGGUGCUUGGAAAGGACUACGGGGCGCUGAAAGACAUCGUGAUCAACGCAAACCCUGCCUCGCCGCCGCUCUCCCUGCUGGUGCUGCACAGGCUGCUGUGCGACCACUACAAGGUGCUGUCCACUGUGCACACACACUCAUCCGUCAAGAACGUGCCGGAAAAUCUCCUCAGGUGCUUCGGAGAGCAGGCCAGGAAGCAGGCGCGCCACGAACAUCAGCUGGGCUUUACCCUGAUUUGGAAGAAUGUGCCGAAGACUCAGAUGAAGUUCAGCGUCCAGACCAUGUGCCCCAUCGAGGGAGAAGGCAACAUCGCCCGCUUCCUCUCGUCCCUAUUGGGCCAGAAGCACAGUGCUGUCAACUCAACCCUCAUAGACAGCUGGGUGGACAUCGCCACUUUCCAGCUCAGCGAGGGCAGCCCCAAGGAGAGGGCGGCUGUCUUCCGGGCCAUGAACUCCGCGCUGGCGAGGAGCCCGUGGCUCGUGGGCAGUGAGCUCAGCGUGGCCGACGUGGUGCUGUGGGCGGCGCUGCGGCAGAGUGGCAGCUGCAGCGCAGCGCCGGCCAGCGUGCAGAGAUGGCUGAGCUCCUGUGACAACCUGGCCCCCUUCAGCGCUGCCCUCAAGCUCCUUCAGGGAGCGAGGGCUUAGAUGCUAACCCGGUGCGCUUUCACGCCCAUUAAUAAAGGGACUUGAAUUCGAACACUC